AUGGAAAAGGUUGGGCCUCAAUCAGUCCAAGAAAAUUAUAGGCCCAACAACAAUAGCCCGAACCGGAGCCUGAGAGCCGCAACAGAAGAAGAAAGGCGCAGUUCAGCACAGCUACCUCUCGAGCUUCUUACAUUAACAAAAAUGGCUAGAGGGUUGAAGAAACACUUGAAGAGGCUCAAUGCUCCUAAACAUUGGAUGCUUGACAAACUUGGUGGUGCUUUUGCACCCAAGCCCUCAUCUGGACCCCACAAGUCUAGGGAAUGCUUGCCUCUGAUUCUGAUUCUGCGAAACAGGCUGAAGUAUGCUUUGACAUACCGUGAAGUGAUUGCUAUUUUGAUGCAGAGACAUGUCCUUGUUGAUGGGAAGGUUAGGACGGAUAAAACUUACCCAUCUGGUUUCAUGGAUGUUGUGUCAAUCCCAAAGACAAAUGAGAGCUUCCGUCUCCUCUAUGACACCAAAGGCCGCUUCCGGCUCCACUCCCUCAGAGAUGAUGAGGCCAAGUUUAAGCUUUGCAAAGUUCGGUCUAUUCAGUUUGGGCAGAAAGGAAUCCCUUACCUGAACACCUAUGAUGGGCGCACCAUCCGCUACCCAGAUCCCCUCAUCAAGGCCAAUGACACCAUCAAGCUGGACCUAGAGAGCAACAAAAUAGUUGACUUCAUCAAGUUUGAUGUGGGAAAUGUGGUCAUGGUCACUGGAGGUAGGAACAGAGGCCGAGUUGGAGUAAUCAAGAACAGGGAGAAGCAUAAGGGAAGCUUUGAGACAAUCCACGUUCAAGAUGCCACCGGCCAUGAGUUUGCCACUCGAUUGGGCAAUGUGUUCACCAUUGGAAAGGGCACCAAGCCGUGGAUUUCUCUUCCCAAGGGCAAGGGUAUUAAGUUGUCUAUCAUUGAGGAGGCUAGAAAGAGGCUUGCAGCAUCCCAAGCUGCUGCAUGA